AUGGAAGCCCACGCCCAAGCCCCAAAACGGAAACGAGCACGUCUGGCCUGCAAGCCCUGCCGGGAACGCAAGAGGAAGUGCGAUGGUGGUAACCCAUGUACGACAUGCACCGAAUGGGGUUACCAGUGCCACUAUGAGGCUCGGCGGAGGAAGUCUCACAAUGUCGACCAUCUAUCACCCGAUCCUUCUGCAUCUCCACCAACGCACAAUCCCCCGGGAGAUAUUUCCACUGAGCCGGAUCCCAGUGGACUAGUCCGCCGCUUGGAGGCCAAUUCAGGCGCUGCCUUUGUCCGAAAAUUGGGACUGAAGAUCGAUUCGGCCAAAGCCCCGAAGCUCAACUUAUUCGGGUGGAAUAUUGGAGCACGGCAGUUAUCAGCCCAGCCCCUUGCAUCUUCGGUGUUUCCGAUCGUGGAGAUUACAUCGCUGGACCAUAUACAAGCGCUAGCCCUAACUUACUUCCAGAAGAUUGAUCCAUGUUAUGGAUUUCUUGACCAACAACUCUUCUUCGAGCGACUGAACCAAAGAUGGCAAUCGCCCCUUCUACCAGAUAUAUUCGACAGCGUCAUAGCUGGCGUGGGUGCCCUCGGCUGUCUGUUCUCGCAGCGCAAUGCCACCAUCACUGAAGUUCAUCUAAUUCGCACAGCACGCUCCACAUUAGACAUGCACCACCUAUUGGGCCCUCCAUCAAUCGAUCUUUUGAACGGAUGGGCACUCAGAUCGAUUUAUCUUCGGAUGACAGACUCGCCACAUUCUACUUGGAUGGCGAGCUCGACACUAAUGCACCUCCUGGAAGCUUCAGGUCUCCACCCCGAGUCACAUUCAGUUCUUCCACCCAGCAUUAAGAUUGAUCCGGAUCUUCAAAGACGCCUCGUCGGCGUUGCACAUCAUUUGAAUGUUUGGACAUCCUUUGACCUAGGCCUUUCACGGGUCUCAUUCCAGAAAGAUGAUCUUCCUUUGCCACCUUCACCCAAACCUGGUGAUUAUACUGCAGAGGUUUUGGGUCUGCUCCCCGUAUCUCUUAGUCUCGACCCGGGAAGAGCCAAGGAUGAGGCGGACCUUGCGACGACACUGGGCAAAUUACUAGACGGAACUCAUACCCAGCCCCCAUCUGUCAUGGCGCAAUGUAAUCUUGUUCUUUGCAUUCUUCGUCGGAUUCAUACCCAGAAUCUAGAUAUAUCGCCUGGUCUUGCAGAUCGAGUACUCAAACUACUCGAGAAAGGUCUCAGCUGCGCACGAAGCAUGGUCAUGGACUGCACGCCUUGGCAUCAAGUUGCCAAUGUUCCAUUCCAUAUAAUCUGCGUCCUCUUGGUAAUAGACACGCGCCCAUCACUCUCGAUGCUCCCAGAAGCAAUGUCAACUCUCGGGCUGGUCGCAUCUCCCUAUGAUACCGAAACCAUGAGAGAGGCGUAUAGCGCGGCUUGCUUGUUGGUCUUGCUACACCAACAGCGUAGGAAGGAUGAUAUAGCGAUUCUAGGAGAGGCCCUCAGUACCCAAAAAACCGCCCAAUUAGAGAUAUUAUCUCAGCCGACCCCUAGUGCCGAGGAGUUCAACUGGCUGGGCGCUCUCGUUGCAGACUUGCCUGGGCUACAAAGAAUCGAUUUGGACCAGUUUUUGAAUGCAGAUAUGAUUGAUGUUCCACCUUUCAUGGGCGAAUCUACCUAG